AGAACAUUUGCGCGGUGUAGUUGAUUUCAGUUUGGCUGAUUUGUUCCGUUAGAUCUAGGUAGCUGCAUUUGACGUGAUUCUGGUUUCUGUUUGGCUUGAACUGUAUUGAUUUUGUUAAGAAUAGUCGUCAAAAGCUGCCUCUAGGCCUGAAGGCACUUAUGGUGCAGGAGGAUGCUUGAGAAUGUGUUUCAUGUGAAAAUUAUAGGGUGCACCUAAAAUCCUCCUGUUUGUGGCGUCUCAAUGAUUUCUGUAGAGCUUCGUUUCAUCACUUGUGUACAUAUUUGUCGUUCACGAGUGUUUCAGUAAAUGUUUAUGGCUAUAAUCAGGAACUUUCCAAAACGGUAACUGUGUGGUACCGAAUGGACGCAUUGGCACUUGGAGACAAUGGCGACCAACCUGCCCUUCUUAUAUCAGUGGAUAUCAAAAACCUUUUUGACGGAAUUAUGUUUAGUCACCGGUAUACCAGUUGGGUUCAAGUAGAAGAUGCUCUAAGCAAGCUGGAAUCAGUAAUAUAUGUAUAUGUGUAUGACAGAGUAUACCUAGGCAACUCAUACACAUUAUGUAAUCAAAAAGUGCAUACGGGACCAUGAAUUUCAAGAGUUGAAGUACAAAUUAGUAGUCUUUCGUUGUACAUAUGGCAUGAAGCGAAAAACUAGAGGUUCAGGUUUACGCGUCAAACCUGCAAAAUACACCGGUUGCCAAUCUGGCUUUCGUAUACGCUACAAGGAGGACGAGUUUAUCAUUUCUCCCGCGAAAACAGUUCACAAUCACAGAUGUGAAAAAAGUCUUAUGAUAGGUGAUCCAUAUUUUAGACGCCUGUCCGGGGAUGAAAACGAGAAUAUUGCACCAGUUGUGAAGACUACAUCUGAGGUUGCUGAUGUUUUGGAAUAUGCUGAAGAGAAUUUUAAUAAAGUUUUGACGAGCACAGAUGUGUAUAAUUUACGUAAGGAUGUGAGACCAGCCAUGCCUUUGAGAUCAGAUGUUAUGCGCAUAAUAAGGCAAAGUGGUCAGGUGGUUGAAUACGUGGAUUCGAAUACAGGGAUAACCAGCAGAAUUUGCUUCGCCUUGGAAUCACAGGUUCAGUUAUAUCGGAAAUAUGGAGAGGUGGUGACGGCAUAUACCUGCACCAAGUGGAUUGUACCGAUUCUACUUGUACCUGCAGAAUAUUUAGGGCACAAAGAAUACCUUGCUGGCAUAUGCUGCUAUGUCACACUCAAAUUCCUCAGUUUACAGUUGACAAAGUAAUUCGCCUGUGUCGCAGAUGGUUUUGGCAGGAUCCGUUGCUACCAAGUCGUGUGCCGUGUGAAGGUUCAGUGAAGAAACCCUGCAUGGAGAUACUGCAACUUCGCAGGCAAUUGAACAGAAGCUUCGCAGAUAUGCAGGAUAAUUAUAGUAAUGAAUAUACUAUUAGUGCACUGCGAGCAACUCUGAAUUACUUUGAGAACUUUCUUGUAUAAUAAUGGAAGAUGUACAUAAAUUUUGUGUCAAUAAAUGCAAAUAUACCC